AUGUAUAUAUGUUUUGCAUACACAUACACAUUAAUAUUACUAUUAAUUGGAUAUUCUGGAUGUUCUGAUAAACCUACUAACACACAGGGUUCUAACUCUAAUGAAGAUAAUCUUCCCCAAAUUGGAGGAAUAUCAUUAGUAGAUUAUAGUGAUUCUGAUGAUGAAGAUAAUUUUCAGGUAACAGAAACUCAAGAAGAACAGACUGAAGAAAUAACUGAAGUACUAGAUGAAACUCAUACUGAAGAAACUUCUGAAACUGAUGUACUAGAUGAAACUCAACCUGAACCUGAAACUACUCAGAUUGAAACUCAACCAGAACUUGAAACUACUCAAGUACUAACUGAAACUGAAACUCAGACUGAACCCGUUAAGGAUGUAGAAACACAAACAGAUCUACAACAACCAGAACCUCAAACAGAACAUCCACGACCAAUACAGCCUACAAGAUAUUAUUUAAUAGAACCUCAAUUUCAGUAUCCAGGAUAUCAUUCUAUAUAUUAUUAUCCACCAUAUCAAACACCUACACCUCAGUAUGGACCUUAUGGGCCUCAACCUCAACCUAUACCUUAUGAUCAAUAUCCUCCAAUUCAACCAGUACCUAUUCAUCAUCCUUAUGGUACACCACCACAGUAUUAUCCAGGAUAUCUUAUAGAACCAAUAACCAUUCAACAACCAAUACCACACAUUCAACAACAACAAGGAUAUCAGCCUCAACCUCAAGCAUACUAUCCUGUACCACAACCAGAACCUUCUCAAACUGAAUCAUCAAAAGUAUCAACACCUAAACAACCUACUGAACCAGCUACUGAAAAAUCUGAACAACAAACUCAAUCUGAACCUUCUAAAGAAACUACUGAAGAAGCAACACAGCCUACUCAUACACAACCUACUCAGGAACCAGAACAGUUACGUCCAGAAACUAUUCCAGUAGAAGUUGGAUCAGAUGAUGAAGAAGAACCUCCAAAGGAACCUAGUGGACCUGGUGAUGGAGAUCAAUCACCAGAUAAACCUGAAGAAGAGGAAGAAGAGGAAGAUGAAGAGGAAUUACUGUGUAAAGAAAUCAAAUUCUUAAAGAAGGAUGCUGUAGGAAGUUUGGUUGAACUGACUAAGGAAGAGUGCAAAAUUAUACUUAAUAAUAUUUUCAAAGUGAAAUAUCAUGUUAACGCAAAUGUUGAACAAGUACUAUGUGACGGUAAAAUUAUCUAUGAACAUAGACCUGAAAAGCCAUACUUUCAAACAUUACUGUAUAACAAAAAAAAUAAUGCGUUUGUUGUUACCCGUCCAUAUGGAUUUCUUUUAAUAAAAAAUAUCUCAGGGGAAUGGGUAACAAAAAGAGGACGUAAAAUUCCAGAAUACAUUAAAUUCUUCAGACAAGGUUCAGUUGGAAGAGAAGUAGAAAUUCAUGAUAGAAAUUAUUGGAUUGAAUUUACUUCAUUGGAAGGAUUUAGGUUUACAUUUAAAAAAGGAGUAUACUGUACUAAAGUUCAAGUUGCAAACCAGGUCAUUUGGGUAAAAAAAUUUGGUGAAGACCAUCCAUUUUCGGUGACUUUUACUGCUAGAGAAAAAGUAAUUAUUUUAUUCAACGGUUACAUACGAAUAUUUAGUAAAGGUCGUGGAUUAUAUAGACAUAUAUUAACUAGAACACCUCAUGGAUACUAUCAAGAUUAA